UUAUCUGUGGCCGCACGCUGUUGUUUUUUUGUUUUCAGGAUGAUUCAGCAAUUUUUCUCGUUCAGAAGCUUCAGCAGGUGACUUCCUGAUGUGGGCGGAGCUGUUCAGAGACCAUGUGGUCACAGACAGAGCCGUCUAAUAAGAGUCACGACAACGGAAGUCCAAAAUGUCGACUUCAGAUAGUUCAGAGACAGAACUGUGAUCUUUGGUAAUUAGUCGUCAAUAAAUAUAUUGAUUUACAAUAAAGCAGUGACAUGCCGAUGUAGUUCCUCUAUGUAGCUAGUUAAUACGUUUUCUUAAAUCAUAAAUGAUCAUAAAUCAUAAUCCACUAACAUGUUGAUGAGAUUCAGAUGUGUUGAUCAUAAACAAUCUGAUUAUGUAAACGUCUCAACACAGACGCUCCUUUGAUCCAUUCAGAGGCUCCGUGAUCUGACUGGUCCAUUGGAGUGAACAGAGUUGUCGCGACUCUCAUUAGUCGGCUCUGGGCACAGACAUGAAGACAAUGACAUCACACUGACGAGCAGGAAGUCACAUGACACAUGGGACAGGAAGUGAAGCCUGUACUCUGUGUACUGACCAGCAGAGGGCGACUCGACUUCUCACUUGACCUGAAGAGAUUAUGGUUCUCAGAGAUGAGUCAGUGACCGCGCUCAGACCGUAACCAUGGUGUUCAGUGGCGGCCAGGCGUGUGGCGGUCAGGACAACUGCUCUGCUAACAGUGGGUCCAAGGAUUACUGUUACUCUGCUCGCAUCCGCAGCACGGUGCUGCAGGGGCUCCCAUUCGGAGGCGUGCCCACCGUGCUCGCCCUCGACUUCAUGUGCUUCCUGGUGCUGCUCUUUGUCUUUUCUAUUCUGCGGAAAGUUGCGUGGGACUAUGGUCGCCUGGCGCUGGUCACCGACGCAGACAGACUGAAGAAGCGUUUCAACGACCAGGAGGAGCGGGAAUAUGUUGCUUCGGCGAUGCACUCGGAGACGCCCGACCGCUACGAGCGCCUGACGUCUGUCUCCAGCUCCGUCGACUUCGACCAGAGAGACAACGGCUUCUGCUCGUGGCUGACGGCCAUCUUCAGAAUAAAGGAUGAAGAGAUCAGGGAGAAGUGUGGCGAAGAUGCCGUCCACUACCUUUCCUUCCAGCGUCACAUCAUCGGCCUGCUGGUCAUAGUGGGCGUCCUCUCCGUCGGCAUUGUGCUGCCCGUCAACUUCUCCGGAGACCUGCUGGUCAGAAUUAUCAGUAAAGAUGCGUUCCUCAGCCGAGGCGUCCCCGGACCUCCGUCUAAAGAAGAAAACAACGCCUACAGCUUUGGACGCACCACGAUAGCAAACCUGAAGUCGGGGACGAACCUGCUGUGGCUCCACACUGUGUUUGCCUUCAUGUAUCUGCUGCUGACCGUCUACAGCAUGAGGAGACACACGUCCAAGAUGCACUACAAGGAGGACGACCUGGUGAAACGCACUUUAUUUAUCAACGGCAUCUCUAAGUACGCUGAGGAGAGUCAGAUCAAACAGCACUUUGAGCAGGCGUAUGAGAACUGCACCGUGUUGGAGGCCCGGAUCUGCUACAACGUGGCCAAGUUGAUGUCACUGAACGCAGAGAGGAAGAAGACAGAGCGCAGUAAGAAGUUCUUCACCGACCUGAUGGCGAAGGAACACGUUCCCACCAUGAUCAACCCCAAACCCUGUGGACACCUCUGCUGCUGCGCCAUCACCGGCUGCGAGGAGGAGGAGGCGGUGAGCUACUACACCAAGACGGAGGCCAAGCUGAAGGAGGAGUACAGGAAGGAGAAGGAGAAGGUCCACACCAAACCACUGGGCAUGGCCUUCGUCACCUUCCAGAAUGAGGCCAUGACUGCCAUUAUCCUGAAGGACUUUAACGCCUGUCAGGUUCAGGGCUGUCGCUGUCGUCAGGAGCCCGGUUCGUCUCAGUUCAGCGACGUGCUUCACGUUCACAACUGGAGUGUUUCGUACGCGCCCGACCCGCAGAACGUCCGCUGGGAGCACCUGUCGCUGGGCGGAAUCUCCUGGUGGAUCCGCUGUUUCAUCAUCAACUGCAUCCUCUUCCUCCUACUCUUCUUCCUCACCACGCCCGCCAUCAUCAUCUCCACCAUGGACAAGUUCAACGUCACCAAGCCUGUCGAGUAUCUAAACAACCCCAUCGUCACUCAGUUCUUUCCGACUCUGCUGCUCUGGUCUUUUUCUGCUCUGCUGCCGACCAUUGUCUAUUACUCUGCCUUCUUCGAGGCUCAUUGGACCAGGUCUGGAGAAAACAGAACCACGAUGCACAAGUGUUACACCUUCCUGAUCUUCAUGGUUCUGCUGCUGCCGUCGCUCGGACUCAGCAGUCUGGACGUUUUCUUCCGCUGGCUCUUCGACAGAAAGUUCCUUGCUGAUGCCAAAGUCCGAUUCGAGUGCGUCUUCCUGCCGGACAACGGUGCGUUCUUUGUCAACUACGUCAUCGCGUCGGCGUUCAUCGGGAACGCCAUGGACCUGCUGAGGAUCCCGGGCCUGCUCAUGUACAUGAUCCGACUGUGUCUGGCUCGCUCGGCCGCUGACCGCCGCAACGUCAAGAGGCACCAGGCCUAUGAGUUCCAGUUCGGAGCGGCGUACGCCUGGAUGAUGAACGUCUUCACAGUGGUGAUGGCCUACAGCAUCACCUGCCCCAUCAUUGUGCCCUUCGGUCUGAUGUACAUGCUGCUGAAGCACCUGGUGGACCGGUACAACAUGUACUACGCCUACCUGCCCUCCAAACUGGACAAGAAGAUCCACUCGGGGGCCGUCACCCAGGUGGUGGCUGCACCGAUCCUCUGCCUCUUCUGGCUGCUCUUCUUCUCCACCGUACGCACAGGUUUCGAGACGCCGACCUCCAUGUUCACUCUGGUGGUGCUGAUCGUCACCAUCGUUGUCUGUCUGUCCCACGUUUGUUUCGGACACUUCAAGUAUCUCAGCGCUCACAACUACAAGAUCGACACCAAGGAGGUCGACGUGGACACUGUGGAGAACGGACGUCCGGCUCGUCCCACGUCCUCGCCCACCACCAAGUCUCAGCAGCAGCAGCAGCAGAUGUACAUCGCCCAGGUGCUCCAGGACCCAAACUCGGACGAACCGGGCGGCGUCAGCGGCGAGGAAGACCGUGGGUCGUCCCAGGAUGAGGAGAUGCUGAACGGAGGGAACAGCAUCAACGAGGCGGAUUUCCAGUCAGGGGAGGACAGUCUGAUCGCCAACGAGGUCCGCCAGUAGCCGGGGGUGGGACCAGAGGGAGUGGGCGGAGCUAGUUGAGUGUCCAAACCCAUACAACAUUCGGAAAAUAAUCCUGAAUAAAGAAUCACUACACACACAGACACACUAAUAGACUGACACAGUUAGCUCCGCCCCCCUCCCCGAUCGAAGACUUGACCCUGACCUUUGACGCCGGCGCCGGGUCGCCAACAUCCAGUCCUGCACGUCUGUAAGAACUCGGUGAACAUGAGACUGUUUCAGAGGAAGUCACUGUACAUAACCACAAAGCCAAAAGUUUUUCUUAAUUCGUUUUUUUCUUUGGAGGUUGGAGGACGGGGUUUAAAAUUUUGUGCCUGGGCUGGAUUUUGUUUUGUUCUUACUCGUGUCUUGACUCCUCAUCCCACCGCGGGUCGCGGGGACUCCACCCACUAGCUAAUGCUAAUGCUAACGCUGAAAUUUUCCUGGUCCUGGUUAAUGCCUCCAAACAAACCCCUGCUGUCGCCGUCCUCCGGUACCGGAGUGUUGAAUAAUAGUGUAGAAGCUUCAUCAGACACAUCACAAAUCUCCUUCCCCUCUUUCUUUCUGUGGAACCCAUCUGUCACACUCAACAAACCACAUGGAAGUUUAUUUUGUUGAUCUGCCAAGCUUCUACUGCACGUAGUAAAAAGUUCUGUCUGGAUUCAAGAUGUCGCCGCCUUGACGACAUCGUCCAUCACAGGACUGAAGCAACAGAUCUCCGCCCAGUUCCCGGCAGCGCAUCCUCCCACCUGCAGAAGGAACCAAUCAGCUCUCCGCUCAAUCCUCGGCCGUCGAAAACAACCGUACCCAACAUUAGGGUGCUUUGCUCAGUUUUGAUUUCACCUGAACUACCUUAAAUCGUGAACACCUGACAAAGGGAAAGGGGAUAUUUGUUUCUGUGGAGGUUCAUCAAUCAAAACUCUCAAGACCCUCGACGCCUGAAGCUGUCGGGACUCAAGGGAAAAUGAAUUUGUUUCUGUGUGUGUGCGUGUCCUGCAGCUUAUCGUACACCAGCCUUCACAGUGAAGGUUCCACAUCACCAUGGAACUGAAACACUUCAACAUUAGGCUCAUGUUCACAUCUUCCACCUUCACAUUAACAAAGUGUAUCGCAGCGCUGCUACACGUUGAGGUUUAAUCCAAGUGAAAAACUUUUCACCGGUUGGUCCAGUACAGAGAGGUCCAGGAUGUGUUAGCCUAGCAUAGCACAAAGGACCAACCACUUAAAGUGUGUCUGUUUUACAUGUUGUCUUCUCCUGUUUGCCUCCAUGUGUCAUUAGGCCAGUGGGAUAUUAUUGGUCAAAAACUUAGCUUCUUAUGAUCCAGUUAGCUUAAAGUUAGCCUCCCGCUCCUCACCGCUGGUUUUCUCCUGGAUGGAUUGAUGGUUAGCUCGCUAGCUAACAAAACUACUUUCAAGGGCAAAUAAAAUUACCAAAAUGUUUGAUUUAGAUUUUGACUGAGGUGCAUUUAGACCCACAGAACAAUUCUGACAGAGCGGAUCCAAAAUGGAGGCCGCUCAUCAGCUGUGUCAUAAGCUGAACUUUCAGAGUAUGAACGACAGACACAUGGUCGACAGUACGUAGACUGUGUUAGCGACUAAGCUAACGACCGCGGCAUCGUUUCAAGCUCUCACGCUCAGAGUCAAUUCCUCUAUUCAAUGGAAUUCAGAGAAGCUCUCAGCUGUUGUCACGUCGCCUCCAUGUGACACUUUCUUAUGCGAUCGGACUUGAGAGUUGUUGGAAUUAUUUUUCUUCUUUUUGAUGGAGCUAGGCUAACAGUUUCCAGUCUUUGUGCUAAGCUAGGCUAAACAUGUCGUGGACCUCUGCACAGGACACAGAUUAGAAACAAAUCCACGUUAUCUGUUGAUCCGGUGACGUCUGAGUUUUAAUUGAACAUUUGACAAAAGACUGAAACGUCACGUUAACGCUUCAUCUGAGGCCGAGUUUCACUCGCGUGUUAACUCGACUCCUCACGUUCACUUCAUCCUCCUGCUGAUCUCUGGAGAGGAUUUCUAUCAAAUUCACUUUUCGUGAUCUUUUUUCCUUAGUCCUUGAUACAGUGUGAAGGUUAACGUGUUCCAAGCUCACCUGCUGAACGACACAUUCAUGUUGACGUGAUGUUUACACCGUGAACCUUUAGAACAAGUUAGAUCACUACAGCAGAUCCACCAGCUGUAGCUAGCUGAUGAAGCUGAUAUUAGCUUCGCGAGUAGCUAGCUCGCUCCAGCUUGGGUACGAGGUCAGACGUUGUUCAUCUCAACACGCUCGACGCUUCAGUCCCGAGCGUGAACCUGUCAACACAAAUAAAGAGGUUAGCUAACGAUGUGCUACUGUAGCAUGCUAACAGACGGCCACUGACCGGAACACCUGUAGUGUAGACACCACUGAUUAUUCUGAUUUCAACCCUAUUGACCAACUUUAUGGAUCCUAAUAAUAUCAAGUUGACAUAGAUAUUGAUCCUGUCAUCGUCAACAUGUUCGUGUAGAUAAAAACAAGUAUGACGUUUGGAUCAGCAGCGUUGUGUGUGUGUGUGUGCGUGCGUGCGUGCGUGCGUGCGUGCGUGCGUGUGUGUGUGUGUGCGUGCGUGCGUGUGGACAGCUGGACUAUGAAAGCUGUAGCCACCAGGACGUUGGUUGUAGUCCGUGGCUAUACGCCGGAGAACCUGCAGUGUUUGUGUCCAGAUGAUGUUUAAUAGUUUCCUCUUCACUUCCUGCCGCACGUCUGCUGUCAGGUCACGAUUGUAUGAACCUGAAGGAUCUGAGACCAGGUCGGACGUCGCAGCAGUUCUCAGACAGACGUCUGUGACACGUCGCCCCCUGCUGGUGGUUUUCUGUUUCACGUUUUUACUCCAGCGUCAGAGGAAGUUUUCUGACAAUCGGCUUCUUAAAAUUGACAAAAUGUCUCAUCACCCCAAGUUCUGGAGCUUUCCAUCAUAUCACAUGAGCUUCAUCAGCAGGUGGAAUUGACAUCUUGAUGAAGAACGUGGUCAAAAGCUCCUGAACGGUUACUGACUGUAGUGAAACUUUAGUUUCCUGUUGUUAAUUUCUCGAUCGGCCAACAAACAUUGAUUCUCGUCACGUUGAUUAAUAUUUGAAUAAUGUGAGAGACAGUUUGUGAAGGUGCUUCCUGUCGGAGCAGGUGGUCGUGACCGUCUCUGACCGGGACCAGGGUUAUAACACAUCCGCGGCUAGCUGGUUAGCAUGCUAACUUCUGAACGAGAGAAGAAGUGAUGGAAAUAGAAGAAAACAAGAAUUAAAGUUGAUAUUGUUUUUAACCUCUGGAGACAGAAGUCGUGAGUAAAGAAAGGAAGUUAGUUUCUGACAGAUUGGUGAGUGAACAGCUGUUAACGCUAACGUGUUGUCUCGUUACAUAACGUUAGCUUUGUGGCAGUAAUAAAAUGUAUGUAAGGGUCCUGUCAACCAGACACCUUGAGGGUUCCAUCUGGUUCGGUCUGGUUUGAUCUGGUUCGGUCUGGUUUGAUCUGGUUUGAUCUGGUUUGGUCUGGUUUGAUCUGGUUCGGUCUGGUUCGGCCUGGUUCGGUCUGGUUUGAUCUGGUUUGGUCUGGUUUGAUCUGGUUCGGUCUGGUUCGGCCUGGUUUGAUCUGGUUCGGUCUGGUUUGAUCUGGUUCGGUCUGGUUUGUUCUGGUUCGGUCUGGUUUGAUCUGGUUCGGCCUGGUUUGGACUGGUUUGAUCUGAUUCGGUCUGGUUUGUUCUGGUUCGGUCUGGUUUGAUCUGGUUCGGUCUGGUUUGUUCUGGUUCGGUCUGGUUUGAUCUGGUUCGGCCUGGUUUGUUCUGGUUCGGUCUGGUUUGAUCUGAUUCGGUCUGAUUUGAUCUGGUUCAAUCUGGUUCGUUCUGGUUUGUUCCUGUUCGAGCUGAAGGUCGGGAGCUGCUGCGUUCACUGACGUCUCGGGCUGUAGGAAGUAAAGACGCUGGUUUUGAAAAAGAUGACUGUGAUAUUUUUGUAACUUGCUGAUUGAAGAAUUUGAUACUGAACUCGUGUUAAAAAAAAUGUUGAUAGCUGUGACGAUGCUGUUGUAACAUGUAACUAAAGGUUUUUAAAAAUCAGCCGCUGCUUUUUGCUUUUCAUAGUUUUUUAAAUUGUUACGGAACUUACUGAAGAAUGAAGUGAAGCUGAAAGAUCCUGACCCUGAGGACAUGUGUAUAAACUGUGUAAAAUAUCAUCUCAGACUCAACUGGUCCAUGUCAUGCUUUUAAUUUAUUGCUGUGACACUAUUUAUUUUUACUUUGCUCUCCAGGUUGUAUGUACAGUGAAACAUUCGUCCUAUUUAUGUUACUUGAUCAAUAAAAAUGGCUUCAUCUGAA